CUGAAGCUUACGUCUUUUUUAAUCUGCGUCUCUAAUUUUCCUUUCGUCAUGUCUGGCCGAGGGAAACAAGGAGGUAAAGCUCGUGCUAAAGCUAAGACGCGGUCUUCUCGGGCUGGACUCCAGUUCCCCGUGGGCCGUGUCCACCGCCUGCUUCGCAAGGGUAAUUAUGCCGAAAGGGUUGGCGCCGGAGCGCCAGUCUACUUAGCAGCUGUGCUCGAGUACCUCACAGCAGAAAUCUUGGAGCUGGCUGGCAAUGCUGCUAGAGACAAUAAAAAAACGCGCAUCAUUCCCCGCCAUUUGCAGCUCGCCAUCCGCAACGACGAAGAACUCAACAAGCUUCUGGGCAGAGUGACUAUUGCCCAAGGCGGCGUUCUGCCUAACAUACAGGCUGUCCUACUGCCUAAGAAAACUGAAAGCCACAAACCCAAGGGCAAAUGAUUGUGCUCUAGCA